UUUUUGGUACAACAAACAACCCCACAACUCUUCUAGUUUUUCCUUAGCUGAAUAAUAUUCUCCGAUCAUUGUUACAGCCAUGUCCAAAUUCGACCCAUAUGAACACCUCAACAUCUCUCCCAACCCCGAUGGCACCCUCACUCGCCUCACCAACGUUCCGGUGGUGCCCACAACAUUAGAUGAGGAUUCCGGCGUGGUCGCCGUCUCAAAGGAUCUUCCACUCAACCCCGAGAAGAAAACUUGGGUCCGACUCUUCCGACCCACCAAGCUACCUUCCAAUGACAACGAAGUUGCCAGAAUUCCGAUCAUCCUCUACUUCCAUGGCGGUGGGUGGUUCAGGUUUCAAGCUUCCGACCCAGUUGUUCACGAAAGAGGCACUCACUUCGCGAGUCAAACCCCGGCCAUCUGCGUCUCCGUCAACUUCCGUCUAGCCCCGGAAGCUCGGCUUCCGGCACAGUACGAGGACGCUGUUGAGGCACUUCUAUGGAUUAAGAAACAAGCGUUGGAUCCCAACGGGGAGAAAUGGUUGAGAGAUUACGGAGACUUUUCGAGGACUUACCUCUACGGGUGCAGCAACGGCGCAAACAUUACAUUCAAUCUGGGUUUACGAAGUUUGGAUAUGGAUCUGGAGCCUCUGAAAAUCGGAGGGCUUGUGAUAAAUCAACCCAUGUUCAGUGGCAUCCAGAGAACAAAAUCGGAACUGCGUUUCGCGGCCGACCAGUUGCUCCCUUUGCCGGUGUUGGAUUUGAUGUGGGAGUUGGCUUUGCCGAAGGGGGCUGAUCGGAACCACAGAUACUGCAACCCGAUGGUGGACGGACAUCACCUGAAAUUGCUUCCUAGGUUGUAUAGGUGUCUGGUGAUCGGGUAUGGAGGUGACCCCAUGAUCGAUCGGCAACAAGACUUCGUGCAAAUGCUGGUGCUGAAUGGGGUUAUGGUGGAAGCUCGAUUCGAUGAUGUGGGGUUCCACGGAAUCGAUCUGGUGGACCCUCGCCGCUCGGCGGUGGUGAUGAACAUGGUGAAGGAGUUCAUUUGGUCUGCUCCGGCCAAGUGAUAUCAAUAUGUUGAUAAUGGAUCAUUAGUUUGAAAUCUUAAGCAUUUUUUUUCCUUCUUUUUCUUCUCUUUUUUCCUCUCUAAUUAAUUUC